GAGGAACUUGAAGGGAGGACCCAUACCGAAACACCAUAAUUGCAUCCGGUGCUCAGAUGAGAAUACGGGUGAACGCUAUGUCGGAGUGGACACGAAAUGACACCCCGUCUUCUCAUGUCUUUUCUGCGGGGAUGCCGGCCGGUGUGUGCAGUACAAGUAGUUGAUUUGUUCACUGACGAUGUCGGCCGCCUGCUCCCAGUUUACUGAGAGGAAGAGUUGCUUGAAGAGUUAUGUCUUCGACAGCACCAAUCCUGCCACUACGGAGCUGGCGACCAUGAUUGCUUGCCGAACUCUAACUUCGACGGAGGAUGUCGCUCGUCUCGUCGCGGCAGGAGCGGAUAGCAAGGCGGACCUCUAUAUUAUCUUCGGCUCUGACGACAAGAAGCUUGUCAACUUGCUGUCUUUGGCCAUCGAUAGUGAGAACUUCACCAAUCCUGUCUUUUGGCAUGAUGACAAGCAGCUGAACCUCCCAAUUUGGCCCUCUCGCGAGCUGCAACGGGUGGUGCUCGAGGCGCUCAUCGCCUAUGGAGCAGACGUGAAUGGCGGCAGAGCUGAGCCCCAUCCCCUUGUGGCGGCUGUCCUGUUUGCAAACAUGACGGCUCUCGAGGUGUUGCUCAGCGCUGGGACGGCGACACGGGGGCUGCGACUAGCCAGGCUCCCACCUCUACCAGAACGCCGUCCAGGGAUCACUCUACAAAAGCCGAGCCGACAGUACGAGACCGCUCUGCUGUCUGUAUAUCGCCGAUUGAUGGAGCAUGACCCGGCACUCGCCCACGAACAGCUCAGUGACGGAAUGCUCUCCAUGCACUCGGCAGCUGCAGCGAAUGCGUCGUUUCUACUCUCGCCAGAGUUCAUAGGGGACUAUCUGGACAUACUGGCCGCUUACGGCGCGUCUCCCACCGCGAAGAGCGCCCAGGGAUUCACGGCACUCCACUGCAACACGAUUAAGGGUGCAUCGUCUGUAGUAAGAUGGCUGUGCGAAAAGCUGGGGCCUGAGGAGGUCGCGAAGGAGACAUCAGAAGAUGGUACUUUGGCAGCCGCCGGCGUUCAUCUCAAUGAGCUGCUGAGACAGAAGGCCUCUCCCAAUGUGAUCAACCGACACAAGCAGGCGAUCCGUAUUCUGCUUGCCCACGGUGCAUCCAUCGCAUCACUCCCGACAGGCACACCAAAGGCGCACCACGUGCGUAGGCUGUUACAAGACAUCCAAGAAGAGAUGCAGCCGCCGGCGAGUGACGCAGCACAGCAACAAUAUCAAGGGGGGAGAGAUGCGGUAACGACGAUUCGGAAGACUUACCCGCAGCCCGCUCAGAUGGAGGAGAAGAUAUCGUCUUCCUUGGAGAACUGUAUCAUUGUCCAUCAAGGCCGGAACAGCCCGACCCUUCCCACGAUUUUAGUCACUAGGGAACUCGCAAUCAAGAUCACAAAUCGAAGCCUCACAUCAGCCGACGACGUGGCGCGUCUCGUCGGAGGAGGGGCCGAUGUUACAGCGGGUGUCAGUCUUCGUGUCGACUCUGAGUCGUCCUACGGACCCGUUAGUUUGCUCACUGCUGCCGUCAAAAAUACCUACACGUCUGUUGAUGUGUGGAGAGACGCGAGUGGGGAGAUGAUAGAAGAAGUGGUGAAGGACUUGAAGCUGCCUGCGUGGGAAUCCCGUGAGACACAGCGGGCAGUCGUUGAGGCCCUGAUCGCUGCUGGAGCUGACAUCGACGGUGGAUCGUUUGAGCAUAGUGGGCCCAUUCAUGACGCCUGCCGGUAUGCCAACGUGAUGGUUGUUGAUGCCUUGCUGACGGCUGGCGCGGCGACAGUCGGGAUGCGCUUGGCUUCUCUCCCAGCAUCUAAUGAAGGCAUUCCCUCCCAGCCGAGCCGUGAAUACGAGGAUGCUCUGCUAGACGUCUAUCGCCGAGUGCUUAAUUGUAACCCCUCCCUCGCCAGCGAGCAGGACGAGAACGGUGUCACUCCUAUGCACAGCGCGGCGCUGGAGAGGGUGUCGCUUUCACUCUCAUGCGACUUCAUGCGCCUCUAUCUGGACCUGUUAGCUGCGCACGGCGCCCCGCUUACCACGAGAAACGCACGGGGAGAAAGCCCACUUGACAUCGCUGUGGCUGAGGGAACUCCGGAUGUUGUCGAGUGGCUAUGUGGCAAGCUGGGGCCUGAGGAAAUCAACAGGAAGGAUCCCACCGGGGCCAAAUGGCCAAUGUACACCGCGAUCGGCAGCCUUUAUAUGGGGCUGAGAGACAAGGCCCCGCUCGAGGAGAUAGACAGAGCCAAGCAAGUGAUCCGCACGCUCCUGGAACAUGGUGCAUCAGUUGACACUUUCCCCACCAAGACGGCAUUGCAGCGCCGCGUUCGCAGCUACGUCCUGGAGAUCCAACAAGACAUCUGCAAAGGGAGCCACACACAGCAGCAAGAGAUUGAAGCUGUAACGGCCGCCAAGAUCGCCGAGGAGCUCAUAGCUGAGGAGGCGAAAGAGAAGGCCAAGAAGGCCAAAAAGGGCGGUGGGAAGGGCAGCAAGACCGGCAGCGGGACCCAGCCUGCAUCUGCUCGGCGAGUUCCGGUGUGUGAGGGGGUUGGUCAAGACAAGGAGCUGUCGGUGCCGUCCGUAUCAUCAGACAGCAAGUCGGCAGGCAUACUUACAAACGAUGGCCUUACAAACGAUGGCGAGACAGACGAGUGGCCGCUUCCCACUUCAUCUGCCGAUCCUCAAAGGUAAGCGCAUGCACACACAGUGAAGACGCUCUAUUGGCGUGGGUACUCUCUCUCGGUCUGUGCUGUCUGUCUGAAGCGUGUGCACUGGUGUCCCUUCAUCAUCGUGUAGUGUUGCAUCUGCUGUGCCUGCCCCCGCCACUCCCAUGGCCGAGGCCAGCGAUGGCGAGUUCAUACCCGUGGUCUGCAGAAAGAAGAACAAGAAGAAAGACAACAAACAGCAACGACAGCCGCUUGUCGCCACAUGCCAGGAGCCGUACAACCAAAGACAGAUACUCAAGUAAUUUGAGGCCCAUUGAUGCUCUGGCUGGCCACUGUAUGCGUCUUGUCUCCCCUCUGUGUUUUGCGCCAUGCAGGACUGAUGGUGUUGCCACCUCCUCGUCUGGCGGCACUGGCCUAGACACGCCCACGCCAGCACAAUCGCGCAGACACCGGUACACACGCGCACAGAUGGGCGUGUUCCCAGCUCGGCUGCCAUCGUGUCCGUGUCAUGUCUGCUUUAGCGGCCCACCGCCCCUCGUCCCGACGUAUGUACGGCCGUCGGUCAGCCCUUCUGCAUUGCCUCCCCGACCACAGCAUGCCCCUCCCCCCGCACCUGCGCGUCCGCUCGGCCCAUCUGCAUUGGCCCGUCAAAUGCAGUGUCCCCCUCCUGCGGCUCCUGUCAGCCCACUCGAUUCAUCUUUGCGUCAUAAUGCAGAUCAGGCACCAACACCGACCACCCACAAGAACAGCGGCAGCAGCAGCCAUGUGCCAGUGUCGCCCCCUGCUUUCUCGGCCUUGGCCUCUUCGGUCGCCUGUCAGCCAUUCCCAUCGGCUACUACCGGUUUGCCUCGAUGCGGAACAGAGAGGGACACGAUUGCCGCUCCUGCUGUUGCUGGUUCGGCGAGUGACAGCGAGCGUCUGGUGGACCAACUAUGUCGGCAGCUUGAGAAGACACAGCUGGCUGCCAGACAGAGGGAAGAAAAGGCCAAAGAGGAAAAGGAUGCGCUGAUACGGCAGCUGCAAGAGACACAAUGGAAGUGAGCCAAUUGACGCACGUAUCAAGCGGGCCUGUCGUACACGAUGUCCAUGUGUCUCAUGCUGUUUUAUGCAGGCUUGCUCAGGCGAAGACUCAACAGCAGAUGGAGCAGCACAGCUCACCAUCAUCGGGCAGCGGCGCCCCUCUGGCCAGUGCAGCGGACGAUGGCGAACAUUUGAAGUGUGACGUGUGCAUGGACAAGGACAAGAACACUCUACUCAUCCCAUGUGUAAGCACACCUGCACCCACAGAGAUGCCCCCAUGUCUCCGUUGAUCGUGUGUGUGUGUGCAGCGUCAUUUGUGUCUGUGUGGUGAUUGUGCUGGUCGGCUGAUGAGCGGCCCUUUGGCAAAGCGGCUGUGCCCGAGAUGCCGACAGCCGAUCACAGACACACAGGAGGUCUUCGUGUGAGUGAGCAGAGGGAGGGUUAGGCGAAAAGGAACAUGACGGGUAGACAGUAGGAGAAUAGCGAUGCGGCAUCGGACAUGCUCUUGGCUGCUUUUGUGUCUGAGAGGUCUGCAUAUGAAGUUCUAAAGGAUGGUCGCAAGGGAAAGGCAAGACAUAUGUCAGU